CAGACGAGAUUUUCUACCUUCUGCUGAGCUCACAGGCAAAAUGAGUUCUGAUUCGGAUUCUCUGAAUUUGGAUAUACUAAACCAGGAUGGAACUGCUGAAGAAAUGGAUCGAACCGCUUGUAGCAACUGCUAUAAGCCAGAGUGUCGACAAAGAUGAUCCGAAUCUCAAGCCCAAGGAACUUAAAACGACUGUUGACGAUGGGAACAACUUUCGUAUACCUGUUAUGCGCCCUAAAUAUGCGCAGCUUCUGGAGUGGCUACUGGGAGCGCCCACUCCGCAAGCUAUCCUUUCUGAUAGCCAUACGUUCAUUCCUGCGAGAUUCUCUGAGCGCGUCUGCCAGAAUUUCAACUGGAAUAACUCGGAUAUUCGAUCAAACGUAACACCGUGCCUUCUACGAAUCAAGCAGUGUGAAAUCAUUAUUGCAAAAUCAAACAGGUUCCCUCCACAAAUAUCUCUUUAUAUUAGUGAAAUUAAACUUGAAGGGUGUGAAAAAGAGGGUGUAUUUGGAAAUCCGGGAGACAUUGCUCAGUGUAAGGCUGUUCUUGAGCUGAAGGAUAAAUGGUUCCGCAAAAUCCAUAUCCUGGGGCCGACGGUGCCGAGCCCACGGAAUGAUGAAUCCGGGCACCUAAUAUCACAGGUCGAUGCUACUACCCCUAAUAACGGAGGAAACCCAGAGCCUAGAGAUCAUCACGACAAUUCAGCACGGGAAAGCGGAUGGCAUACCCAAGCGCACGUAUGUAUUGUAGCGCAAACACCCAAAGCUCAGGAAAAUAAGGGUACUAUGGCGGUUACGUUAUUAAAUAACCAAGGGCUACAGGAGAACUCACCACCGAAGAGCACGAUCUCUAAGAUCAAGCCGCGGUGCUCACCUACAUUGGAACAUUCCACCAAAAAUGAUGACAAGCAGGCUGGUCAAACUACGCAAUUAUCUGCAACCACAGACUCGUCUUCUGUAUCUUCUUCCCCUCGCAGACAAUCAUGCCCCAACAGUAUUGGCAAAGCCACAUGGAAGGCACACCCAAUUCCAUCUCAACCUGACCAGCAUGAAGUUAUAUCAUCCCUUGAAGAAAGGACCACUUCAGCGACUUAUCCCAGACAUUCCUCUAGAUCUCGACACCCAGACAAUUUAUCCCAACCAAGCGACUCAAAAAUUACCAAGCAAGUUAGUAAUAGGGGUUUUUUUAGCGGCUGGAACAAAAUACGACGACGCGAUGUGGUAAUACCUGAAUCCCAACUGAAUUUGAUUGAGUCUGACGACUCUUGGAUACCCCCGGACCCUGGGAAGAAAACUCCCCAGAAUUUCUUUCCUCUUGAACUCCUGCAGGAGUGGAGCGAGAGCCAUAAAGCAAAAGCAACGGCUUCUAUAGGAACCAGCCGACAAAGAAGCCCAGGUCUAGGAGAAGGAGCGUCCUCCAUCGGCAGCCCAGCCCCUGAUGAUGAAAUAGGAUCAGAAGAUUGGCCCCCAACGUCUCCAGUUCCCCUUGUGCCUCUUGACAGCAGCCCACCAGGGAGAAACGUAAAUUCAUCCGCAACCCCCUCCAAUAAGCGUACAUCAGCUGCCAAUCCCACCAAUGCUACUGAUGCCCCUAACCGCCCUCCGCCUACAAAAGUACCAGGUUUUGCUACGAAAGAUGAAGAAGUGUUCGAUGGCGAAAGUUGUCCAGAUUUUGAAAUAGAACUUUCCAUUCCCCGGGAUUUGUAUACCUCGACACAAAACUGUGACAUUCUUGCAGGGAUGGAUGAUAACGAAGACAUUACCGGAUUGUCCGAGACCAUGCUAUCACAGCAACUAAAAGCACAGCCUGCGCCUAGCUGCGAGUCAACAAAGCAUGAUUUUAUUGCUCAAAAUUCUCGCACAAACAAUGAUCAAAUGGUUGUUACUUCCCAGAUCUCUGGGGAAUGGAGUGGCGGCUCAGGGAACCUUAAUGAUUCUGCAACUAUAUUGCAGGUCCCCAGGUCGUCGCUGGAGAAUGCCGACCAUAAUGUGCUCGUCCUCCCGCCAACCAAGACCUCUGCCUCUAUACCACUGCUUGAUAAUACCAAUCAACAACAUAAGCGCAAAGCUGGAUCGCCUUCACUACCAUCAUCUCCAAGAAAAGCUCCGAGGAUAACAGAAGUAGAUAGAAGUGUAAGUGCGGUUGUCCCUAGCCACCGGGGCAGUAGAACGUUCGACAAGGCCCAAUUUUCUUCUCAAACCGAAGAAAUAUACUACAAAUUCCAACAGGCAUACAAAACCUACACCGGUAGCCUGGAAGUAUUCACGAGGGCAUGCUGCAGACUGCAAUUCCUCCGAAAAAGUUUACUGAAAAAGUCAAUAAUGUGGGAUGAUUUUGUUGCUCGUGAAGUGUUGGAAUACCAAGACUAUUUGCAAAGGUGCGACCAGCGACACAAGAAACCGAAUACAUACGAAGAUUACUUCGAAAAACAUGCCAAAUUUCCAUUGUACAAGAGGCGAAAUCUGACAGUUAAGAAUCUUCAAGCAGUGGUCACAGAGGCUGAAGGCGAGAGCGACUGUGCUAGUGAGCUAGGAGAUGGGGCCCAGAAAGAAGCAACCCCUGAGGUAAAGUGUGCUACCCUACAAUUGGCCAUUCCAGAAUCGCCAUGCAAACAUGUGAUUCAAGACUGGGAGAGCGAGGGCAGUGACUCAGAAACACCCAAGGUUAAUUUUGAGGCUUCGUGGCACGAUAGGGCUAGUGUCGAGCUUGGGGACGAGCCCUAUUGUCGUAUAUCCGUCAAUAAAUCGCGGAAAAGGAAAGCAACUCCUUUUGAAGAAGAUGAGGCAGAAGAGAGUGAAGACGAAGAUGUAUUUCAUUCUGCACGCGGUGGUUUACACCAGCCCAUUCGUCUAAGCCACAAACUAGACAAAGAUGGUGUCUUUACCAACAACACCUAUCAAAUGUCUUCAAGGCCUUCAUCUCUUCUUGCGAAAGGCCCAACUGCCUCGCACCCUAAGCCAAAUGAACCAAACUUGCCAUCCAAGGCCAAGCUAUCUCGCGCAAAGAGAUCGCCCGCACCAUCACUCCCCUCACACAGACAUACAUCCAGCACCAAGAAAACUAGAUCGGCCGCGAUACCAGGGCGGUCCACUUCGUGGAAGGAUCCCAAUACAUCGUUAAAGGUGUUUUUGAGGGAUUAUGUGAGAAUCCCUGGCGAGUUGGGUACUCUUGAUGCUGGCUUAAAUUCCGGCGAUGUCCCUGUUGACGAAGCUGGAGUGGUACAAAUAAAGCCUCGCAAGCCGCUGCAAGUUGGAGGGAGAAUGAAUAGUAUGGGGCUCACAUUUUAGUAGAACGACAUUUCUUGUUCUCUCGCUCUCGUUGCUUGAGAGAACUGGCCUUUCCUCUUGCAGACCCAUCAGACCACCAAAUCCAUGAAAGGACCACCAUCUCCCUCCGUUUGAACGUCCUCUCCUCGCAGGCCACACCGGCCCUCCAGAUAGCAUCCAGCCUGUGAUAGUAUUGGGAUGAAUUCGCGCGGACGCCCACGUGAGGAGCCGUGGAAGGCUGCGUGCUCGAGUCAGCUGGAGUAGUAUAUGUAACCAGGCCAGAUUCGCUGUUUCGGUCAAUGAGUAUUCUACAUGGAUACACUGGAUCUUUUAGCUAGCUUGAUUUCUCGAAUCUACUGAUUCCUUAGCAGCCAGAUUUUCACUCUAUCUACCUAUUAGUUGAAUCCACUGGAUCUACCAAAUAUCCACUAGCGAGUUUCUUCACCAAGCUUCACACAGAAACAUUAACCCAUUUGAAAUGAAUUGCUCUGAGAAAAGAGAACGCUUUUUGCUAUACAUACAUCCACCGAAGAUGCCGGCUACUACGCCUGAUUAUAUGACUACUUCUCCAGGUGUUGGUCAUGUCAACGCGUAUUUAUUGUCUGCCACGGCUAUUCAGUGGAAAUAAGACAAAAUGAUUCCGUUCAUGCCCUGCGACAACUCUAUGUCGCUUUCUUCCCUGUCACCUUUGUUCACAGUUUGGUCCG